UCGGGGUCCGGCGGAAUGGCGGGCGGCGGCGAUGCGCUCCCCGUGACGGCGGCCGAUCAUGGCGCUGGUGGUGAAGCGGCGAGCGACACUCUCCUGGGCGCAGCACCAGGGACUGCCGGAGGCGCAAUAAGCAAGAUCCUGGGCGCGGUGCCGAAGAAGAACAUCCGACGUGCAGCUGUCUCGAUCACUGUCGUCCUCUUCCUGAUUCCCCUUCCAUUCCUUGAGACGGGGAUUCAGUCGAGUGUUUUCUUCGGCCUCUCCGAGAUAAAUUCGAUAUCUUGGUAUGUUUUCGGCCGUGAGCACAACGAUCGUGUGGUCGAGGUGGUGAAUCUCCUGGGAUUCGUCACGGGAGUUUUCUAUGCUGCAUAUGCAUGGAAGGCUACAUGGAAGCCCCUCUUCUGGCCCCCGGUGCUUGGGAUCAGUCACUACUGUCUAGUGUACCUGUUGCGCAACCUCUACGACGGGAAGGAGUUCUGCUUCAAGAUCGACGUCCUUGGUUUCAUUGGUUGUGCGACCACGGCAGCCUCGAUGCUUGCUCCCCUUGCUGUUCGAGUGGCGACACUCCCUCACAGCAGUGCCCGUUGGAGCUGGGUGGUGCCACUCGUGUCUCUGGCUUGUAACGUGGCAUGGGCUUGGUUUGCCCUUGAUAACAACAAGGCCAUCCUAGCAAGUUUCUAAUCUUCUUCGUUCUAGAUUAAAACUUUGGUUGGUUUUUCAGAUGUCCACCAUGUUUGCCGCGGGCUGUGCAGCAAUUCUUACCUGCCUGAUGCUAGUUUGAGGCCUUCCUAGUUUUUACUCUACAAACAUUGUUGUAGAGUUCGCUCGCUCGCUGAGUUUUGUUUUUUUUUUUACUCUGCUCGACGUGGAGUUCGCGAAAUAAAAUUGUCCUAUCACCCUC